AUGCGGUUAUUCCUUCACUCUGGCGUACUGUACAAACAACGAAGUGGGCGUCUUUUAGUGGGUAUUCUAUUCAACGACUUCCUUCUACUCACUACGCCGGAUGGACACUUAUCAAAGGUAAGCUAA